AUGUUUUCAAUUUGGUUAUCAUUGCUGAUAGUUGUUCUAUCAAUCAAUAUCAUUAUUGCAACAAAUUUACGUUGUAAUGAAGAUAUCAAUGGAUCUUUUCAAUUGAUUGAAAAUUGUCGGGCAUGUGUCAUUUUUAUUGCUCCAGUAGUCUUAUCUACAACUACAAUGACAAUAAUUACAACAACAAAAAAGGCGACAAUUUUAUCAAAAAAUAUGCUUGAAUCACAUGCCGAGCCAUCAUCAGGAGAAUUGGUUUUCUUUGAUGAAUCACAAGAUCGUCGUCGUCGUCGUCGUCGUCGUCAACUUAAUGUGGAUACAGUAAUUCAUCAACAAUGUGCUCGAGAAUUAGACGGUCCAUUAUAUGGUUAUGAUCAAACACAUUGUUAUUGCAAUUCUAAUCAAUGUAAUUCCAAUAUUCAACGAUGUAUUUAUGAAGUAACAGCAAAACGUCAUUUUGCAUGCUAUCAUGGGACGAAUUCCAGUUUACAUUCACUUGAAAUUCGUCAUAAAUGUCGCAGUUGUCGUAUACGUACUGAAUUAAAUUCUAUUUAUCACUAUGAAUGUUUAACAUUUGGUGAACGUGAACAAAAGAAUCGAACUCAUUGUACAUGCCAGCGACCGAUGUGUAAUCGAGAUGCAUCAACAUGCCAACGAUUUCAACCAACACUAUCUCGACCACGAACACAUUUGGUUCUUGGUACUGUGUUGAAUUCAACCAUAUUAACCACAACCACAACAACAACCAUCCCCACUACUACCUCUACUAUAGAAAUAGCCAUAUUAACAACAACCGAAGUAGCAACAACAGACAUGAUAACAACAACGAUAGCAUUGGCAACAACAACGACGACGACGACGACAGUAGCAGCACAACAGCAACAACAACAACAACAACNAACAGCAACAGCAACAGCAGCAGCAACAACAACUACAACAACAGCAACAACAGCAACAACAGCAACAACAACAACAACAACAACAACAACAAUAAAAACAACUACAACAACUACCAAAACAUCAGGAAUACCACCCACUUUUACUACCAUUAGUAGCAGCACUAGUACUAUAACUUCUACUUCUACUACUACUACUACUACUACUACUACUAGUAGUAGUAGUAGUACUAUUUCUACCUCUACUAUUACCGCAAGCUCGACGCAAAAUUCAACUCCGAGCACUAAUAUAAUCACAACAACUACAAUUACAACAUCGCCGCUUGUUACUACAACAGCAACGACAUUUACGUUAUCAAUUGUAAGCGAAACUGAAGUAGAAGAUUCAAUUGAAAAUUCGACUAUAAUUGAAUUGGCACUCACAAAUGAAAUAACAACACAAUUUAAUGAAAUCAAACAUCUUAAAACAGAACAUAUUGAAGUCAAUAAUCAUGCAACUUAUUUAUCAUCAAAUUUUCUUUUAAUUUGUACAUUAUUUCAAUCAUUCGUUUUCUUGUUAUUUAUUCGAUGUGAUCACUAA